AUGUCGCCCGAGAAAAGCACAAUCAUGGUUGACUUUGAAGGGGACCACCCUCAAGAUUGGCCACAGUCUCGGAAGUGGCUGAUCAUGGUUACAGUGGCUAUUCCAUUAUUCCUGAUGCCUCUCUCUUCCACAAUAACCACUCCCGCGGAAGAGGCUAUCGCAGCAGAGUUCAAUGCCACUUCCUCCGUCACCGGACCGCUAGCACUAUCCUUAUUUCUUCUGAUGUACUGCCUUGGACCCAUUCUUCUUGGUCCUUUGAGCGAGCUAUUUGGACGACUGCUGGUAUUACAGGCGGGAAACCUGUUCUACUUCGUCUUCAACCUUGCAGCCGGUUUCUCGAGAAGCAUGCCACAGCUUCUGCUGUUUCGACUGCUUAGUGGAACGGGUGCUAGUGCUUCUUUGGCCGUUGGGGCGAGUAUGAUUGGAGAUGUCUUCCGGAAGGAAGAACGGGGGCUCCCCGUAGCCCUCGUUAGCAUGGGUCCCGUUCUGGGAUCAUGUUUAGGCCCCAUAGUUGGUGGCUUCAUUGCCGACUUUUCGACGUGGCGCUGGGCAUUCUACUCAACAUCCAUCGCAUCCGGGGCUUUUCUGGUCUUGUGCGGCACUAUGGCACGAGAGAGCUACGCUCCCGUUCUCCUUCAGCGGAAGAAGCAGAAACAAAUGAAGGAACACGCAACAGAGAAAGAGGGAAAUAAUCCAGUAUGGAAGACCCCCUAUGAGAAAGAGAAUGAGACUAUUGGUCAGCGCUACCGACGAACGCUCUUCCGGUCCCUUUACUUUCUCUGCACACAACCCAUUGUACAAGCGCUGGCUUGCUAUUAUGGAUAUCUGUAUGGUAUUGUGUAUCUGCUUCUGUCCAGCUUCUCCAACCUGUGGAAAGACCAAUACCAUAUGAAACUCAGCAUAGGCACGCUCAACUAUAUAGCGCCCUGCAUCGGUUAUCUAUUUGGAGCAGCGGUUUGCGCUUUUCUUACCGACCGGGUCUACAAAUUUCAAGUGACAAAGAAUCAAGGUGUUGGCAAGCCUGAAUUCCGCCUACCGAUGAUGGUCCCGGCAUCCUUGCUCGUGCCCUUUGGUCUUUUGUGGUUCGGAUGGAGCGCGGAGUACAAGGCACACUGGAUUGUUCCUGACCUUGGUAUUGCCUUACCACUCAUGGGUGCUACCAUUGUUUUCCAAUGUGUCAGUGCGUAUCUCCUCGAUACUUUCCCUGUGUAUGCCGCUAGCGCAAAUGGCGCGGUGUAUAUUUUGCGCGGAUUGACUGGAUUUGGGUUCCCCCUAUUCAGUCCUGAGAUGUACUCGGCUUUGGGAUACGGAUGGGGAAACAGUGUUUUGGCAUUGAUAGCCUUGAUGGUUGGGUGCCCCAUUCCAUUCAUCUUGUGGAAAUACGGGGAGAAGUUUCGAGCACGGAGCAGUUAUGCAGACCAUACAAAGUAG